AUGAGCUGGAGGAGUCUUGACAGCACUCCAGACCUUUCUCGCCUUCCGCAGACAGUAGUGACAGUCCCGUAUCCAUCAUCAGAAGGCUUUGCCUCGCGUCCAACGAGCGCUCUCUCAGCUUCUCAGUUAUCGUUUAGCUCGCCUGUUUCCCGGUCUUCACGCUCGCCCUCAGCAUACACAAGACUUCCUGGACUGCUCGCCCAGUCAUCCGUGAUCCCAAGCCCAGGUCGAGUCUGUAAAAAGCAUUACCUCGUUCUUCACAAAGCUCAGCGCGAGUCGGAUGUGUUCCGCACUAUGUUUGUGUGCCCUCCGACACAAGACGGCCCUGAAGGACACAGUGAUGACAGGCCGAUCAUCUUGCCUGAAGUCACAGUCGCUGAGUUUGAGUGCUUGCUUAAAUUCCUCUACGAUGGGAACUUUACACCAUCUCCCUUCUCAACGGCGGAAGACUGGGUCAGACUGCUGUCGAUUGCAACCCGCUAUGGAAUGGAGCGGAUCCGUGCGAGAGCGUUGCAUGAACUGGAGUACCUCCCACCGCUUGAUCCCAUCCAGCGGGUUGUCCUGGCUCGGAAGCAUGAUGUGCGGGAGUGGCUGUUGCCCUCUUACGUAGCGCUAUGUUUAAGGCGGCAGCCUUUGAAUGUGCUCGAGGCCGUAGAACUCGGGCUGGAGACCAUGGUCCUGGUGGCAAUGGGCAGAGAGUCCGUGAGGGACCCUGGUACUCUGAAAGAUUUCGAAGACGCCAGGGAGUCAUUGACCUAUGAAGAGUUUAUGACGGAUGUCGUCGCUGACGUAUUUGGGAUGAGAGAUCUUGGAGGACUCAGGUGCUUGAACACGUAA